AUGGCGGUGGCACGGAAAAUCAAAACUUUGUUGACGGUGAACAUCUUGGUCUUCGUGGGCAUCAUCCUCUUCUCCGUCUACUGCAGGAUCCAGGACCGCUCCCAGGAGCUGGUGCAGAUCGUCCGGAGCGCGGACCGCCGGGCCAGGAGCCGCGGCGCCAAGGUGGGCAGCCUGGCCGACAGGGAGUCCAUCCUGCAGCGCCUGGACCACCUGGAGGAAGUGGUCUACAACCAGCUCAAUGGUUUGGCAAAGCCCAUGGGAUUAGUUGAAGGUCCAGGAGGCUUGGGCCAGGGGGGAAUGGCUGCUACCCUGAGAGAUGAUAGCCAUGAAUCAGAGACUAAGUAUGAAGAAUAUGGUUACAAUGCCCAGCUCAGCGACAGGAUAUCACUGGACAGGUCCAUCCCUGACUACAGACCAAAAAAGUGCAAGCAGAUGACCUACCCAGACGACCUGCCCCAGAUCUCUGUGGUGUUUAUAUUUGUGAACGAGGCUCUCUCGGUCAUCCUGCGCUCCGUGCACAGCGUGGUGAACCACACCCCAUCCCACCUGCUCAAGGAGAUCAUCCUGGUGGAUGACAACAGUGACAACGUUGAGCUAAAAUUUAACCUGGACCAGUAUGUGCACAAGAGGUACCCAGGCCUGGUGAAAAUCGUGCGCAACAACAAACGGGAGGGGCUGAUCCGAGCCAGGAUCCAGGGCUGGAAAGCAGCAACCUCUCCUGUGGUCGGGUUCUUCGAUGCCCACGUGGAGUUCAACAUUGGCUGGGUGGAACCUGCGCUUACCCGGAUCAAGGAGGAUCGCAAGCGGAUCAUCCUGCCCGCGAUUGACAACAUCAAGUACAACACGUUUGAAGUGCAGCAAUACGCCAACGCAGCCCACGGCUACAACUGGGGGCUCUGGUGCAUGUACAUAAUCCCACCACAGGACUGGCUCGAUAAAGGGGAUGAGUCAGCUCCCAUCAGGACACCAGCCAUGAUCGGAUGCUCUUUUGUGGUGGACCGAGAGUAUUUUGGAGAGAUUGGCCUGCUUGACCCUGGCAUGGAGGUGUAUGGAGGAGAAAACAUCGAGUUAGGCAUGCGAGUGUGGCAGUGCGGGGGCAGCAUGGAGGUGCUGCCCUGCUCCCGCGUGGCGCACAUCGAGCGCACCAAGAAGCCCUACAACAACGACAUCGACUACUAUGCAAAGCGCAACGCCCUGCGCGCCGCCGAGGUCUGGAUGGAUGACUUCAAGUCACACGUUUACAUGGCCUGGAACAUCCCCAUGGCAAACCCUGGAGUUGACUUUGGAGACGUUUCUGAAAGAAUUGCUCUGCGACAGCGUCUGCAGUGCCGGAGCUUUAAGUGGUACUUGGAGAACGUGUACCCUGAGAUGAGGGUUUACAAUAACACAGUCACUUACGGAGAGGUGCGCAACAGCAAAGCCAGCGGCUACUGCCUGGACCAGGGGGCCGAAGAGGAUGACAAAGCCAUCCUUUAUCCAUGCCAUGGAAUGUCCUCCCAGCUUGUCCGCUACAGCUCGGAAGGUGUCCUGCAGCUGGGGCCGCUGGGCUCCACCGCCUUCCUGCCCGACUCCAAAUGCCUGGUGGACGAUGGCAAGGGCAGGACACCCACCCUCAAGAAGUGUGAAGACGUCCUGAGGCCAGCACAGAGGUUCUGGGAUUUCACACAGAAUGGUCCAAUCAUUAGCAGGGACACUGGCCGCUGUCUAGAAGUGGAAAUGUCAAAGGAUGCAAAUUUUGGGCUCAGAUUAGUGGUACAAAGGUGCUCGGGGCAGAAAUGGAUGAUUAGAAACUGGAUCAAACAUGGUCGGCACUGA